AUGGGGAGAAUAUCUAUUGAUUUUAAUGCAUGGAAAAGAACUAUCGAGGAAAAAGAAUUUUGUCAAUUUGUAAAAACUACUUCAAACAAAAAAUCAACCGAUAAAGAAUAUAUGUACUUUUUUUGCCAUAGAUCAUUUAGUCAAAGAACUACUAGAAAAGGCCAUCGAUCUACAAAAAGUUGUGGUACAGUAAAAAUUGGCCAUGCAUGCCCAUCUAAUAUAAAAGUACACUUACAAAAUUCCAAACUUUCUGUACAGUAUUGUAAUACUCAUCUUUCACAUACACAUGAAAUAGGAAAACAGAGAUUAUUUGUUGAAGAUCGAAGCAAGAUAGCAGGGAAAUUAUCAUUGGGUGUACCAGUUAAUAAAAUCUUAGAAGACAUCAGAUCAUCAAAUGUUGAAAGUGAUAGUAUAAAACGAAUUCACUUAAUUGAAAAAAAGGACAUACAUAAUAUCAAAAGAGAUUAUAAUAUAUCAUAUGCUACCAAAAGACAUGAAAACGAUUUAAUAAGUGUUAAUCUUUGGGUAAAAGAGAUGAUAGCGAAAGGUGAUGAAAGUCCAAUAAUAUAUUUUAAACAACAGGGAAACAGUGACAAUAAUGUUCAAAGUUUUACAAAAGAUGAUUUUUGUCUAAUCAUAAUGACACAGUUUCAGUCAGAGUUACUAAUGAAAUUUGGAAAUGAUAAAGUAUGUAUAGACGGAACUCAUGGGUUAAAUGGGUAUAAUUUUCAGUUGUAUACUAUAGUUGUGGUGGAUGAGUUUGGAAACGGAUAUCCCGUUGCAUUUUGUUUUUCUAAUAAAUCUGACACCGCUUUAUAUAAACAUUACUUUCAGUGCAUUAAAAAUGUAACCGGUAAAGUUACAGCAAAUGUGUUUAUGUCCGAUGAUGAACCAGCGUUCUAUAAUGCCUGGAACGCUGUAAUGGGUCCUGCAGAAAAACAGCUUUUAUGUACUUGGCAUGUAUUAAGAAAUUGGACAAAAAAUUUAAGNUGUUGUAUGAAACUAAUGAACAUUAUUUUUAUAUUGAACUCCAAAAAGUAUUAG